AUGGCGGAAGUGAAACUAUUUGGUACGUGGUUUAGUCCAUUUAGCCGGAGAAUUGAGAUUGCCUUGAAACUUAAGGGCGUCAAAUAUAAAUUCAUAGAAGAAGAGUUGAACAACAAGUCACUGUUGAUGCUAAAGUACAACCCAGUUUACAAGAAAAUUCCCGUGCUACUCCACAAUGGCAAGCCAAUUUGUGAGUCUUUGGUGAUUCUUGAAUACAUUGAUGAAACAUGGGAAGGCCCUUCCAUUUGGCCAAGAGAUCCUUAUGAAAGAGCCACAACGCGCUUCUGGGCUAAGUUCUUUGAUGAGAAGGUAUGUUUGUUGUUUAAAUGCACGAGUCGUUAA